AUGGCCAAUUUCGAUGACAGCGUGUACCCCGGUAGGAGGACGGCAGUUGUGGAAGAAUUGAACACAAGUGAUGAAGAAGAUGAGGGAGUCGAACAGAUUGAACCAACUGAGCCAAAGGCAGAGCAGGAUAGCAGCCCCAGCAUAGGGAUUAUCGAUAUAUUACGCUUUAUAUUCUUGGUUUUUAUCAUAUCAUCGGGUUUAUCCUACUACAUUACUUCGGAUUCAAUAAUAUGGGGUUACCAACGGCCGUGGUUUACAAGGCCGCAAGUGUUGCUCAGAUACUUUAAAGGUCCUCUCAUCCUCUCUCGCUCGGAAUUGUCUCUAUACAACGGCACAGACCCCAAUCUCCCUGUAUAUGUCUCUGUAAACUACACCAUCUACGAUGUCUCUGCAAAUCGACGCAUGUACGGCCCGGGAGGAGGCUAUGGGUUCUUUUCUGGUCGAGACGCAACGCGUGCAUUUGUAUCCGGUUGUUUCAAAGAAGACCUGACCUCCGACCUGCGCGGGUUAGAGGAGAUGUAUAUGCCUAUCGAAGAUGUCCCAGACGAGGAAUUGACCAAUGCCCAAAAGAAAAUUCGACGAGAGAAGGAGUUAAGAGAGGCACGAGCAAAUGUCAGAAGACAGGUUUUACACUGGCAGAACUUCUUUGCUGACAGCCAUAAGUACUUUGAAGUCGGCAAGUUGAUACGCGAUGGGGAAGAUGAGAAAGGGGAGAAGAGAGAACUCUGUGCCAGUGCCCAGGGAGCGAGGCCCAAGAGGUCAGAGAUGAAGAAAGGAACGACAGCUAAAAGCCAGCCUACGUAUCCUCCGGGUGUGAAGAAGGGAGGAAAGCAUUGA